AUGCUAAGAUCAACUUUAGCUCAGCAAGGAAUACCAGUGUAUUCAGUAGCAUGGGACCCUGAUUCAGAAAAGGUUCUUUACACAGCAGGCAAGCAGCUGAUCAUUAAGCCUCUUCAACCAAAUGCUAAAGUUUUACAGUGGAAAGCUCAUGAUGGCAUUAUUUUAAAAGUAGAUUGGAACUCAGUCAAUGAUUUAAUUUUAUCUGCUGGUGAAGACUGUAAAUAUAAGGUAUGGGAUAGUUAUGGCCGCCUUCUGUAUAAUUCACAGCCCCAUGAGCAUCCCGUUACCUCAGUUGCCUGGGCUCCAGAUGGGGAAUUAUUUGCUGUUGGAUCGUUUCAUACUUUACGUUUGUGUGAUAAAACUGGGUGGUCAUAUGCUUUGGAAAAGCCCAACACUGGCAGCAUAUUUAAUAUUGCAUGGUCAGUGGAUGGCACCCAGAUUGCUGGAGCCUGCGGAAAUGGACAUGUUGUUUUCGCACAUGUGGUGGAGCAACGCUGGGAGUGGAAAAAUUUUCAAGUAACAUUAACCAAAAGAAGGACUAUGCAGGUGCGAAACGUGCUUAAUGAUGCAGUGGAUUUACUGGAAUUCCGUGACAGAGUCAUUAAAGCAUCUUUGAACUAUGCCCACUUAGUUGUUUCAACGUCUCUUCAAUGUUAUGUGUUCUCUACGAAGAACUGGAAUACACCACUUAUAUUUGAUCUCAAAGAAGGAACUGUUAGUUUGAUUCUGCAAGCAGAAAGACAUUUUCUUCUUGUGGAUGGUGGUGGUAUCUAUUUAUAUUCUUAUGAAGGGCGCUUCAUUUCUUCUCCAAAAUUUCCUGGAAUGAGAACAGAUAUUCUGAAUGCACAGACUGUAUCUCUGAGUAACGAUACCAUAGCAAUAAAAGAUAAAGCCGAUGAAAAAAUUAUCUUCCUCUUUGAGGCAUCAACUGGAAAACCAUUAGGUGAUGGAAAGCUUCUCUCUCAUACGAAUGAAAUUUCGGAGAUUGCUCUGGAUCAAAAAGGACUUACUAAUGACAGAAAAAUUGCUUUUAUUGAUAAAAAUAGAGAUCUCUAUAUCACCUCAGUGAAACGAUUUGGGAAGGAAGAACAAAUUAUCAAACUUGGAACAAUGGUGCAUACUUUGGCGUGGAGUGAUACAUGCAAUAUCCUUUGUGGACUUCAAGAUACUCGAUUUACAGUGUGGUAUUACCCCAAUACAGUUUAUGUGGACAAAGACAUUUUUCCCAAAACAUUAUAUGAAAGGGAUGCCAGUGAAUUUAGUAAAAAUCCCCAUAUUGUGAGCUUUGUGGGAAAUCAGGUAACUAUAAGAAGAGCCGACGGCUCAUUGUUUCACAUGAGCAUAUCUCCAUAUCCUGCUAUUCUCCAUGAAUAUGUGAACAGUUCAAAAUGGGAAGAUGCUAUAAGACUCUGUCGCUUUGUUAAGGAACAAACCAUGUGGGCCUGCCUAGCUGCUAUGGCAGUUGCUAAUCGAGAUAUGACAACUGCAGAAAUAGCCUACGCAGCGAUUGGUGAGAUUGAUAAGGUUCAAUACAUCAAUUCUAUAAAAGAUCUUCCAUCUAAAGAAUCAAAAAUGGCCCACAUAUUAAUGUUUAGUGGGAAUAUACAGGAAGCUGAAAUACUACUUCUUCAGGCUGGCCUUGUUUACCAAGCAAUCCAGAUAAAUAUUGAUCUCUACAAAUGGGAAAGGGCACUUGAAUUGGCUGUUAAAUACAAAACACACGUUGAUACAGUUCUUGCCUACCGUCAAAAGUUUUUGGAGACAUUUGGUAAACAGGAAACUGAUAAACGAUACUUGCAGUAUGCAGAAGGUCUCCAAAUAGAUUGGGAGAAAAUCAAAGUAAAAAUUGAAAUGGAAAUUACCAAAGAACGAGAGCGAUCAUCAAACAGUCAGUCCAGCAAGAUUUUAGAGCAAAAGUUCUAA